CACAACUGAGGGAGUGAGUAGAAUGAGCGUUGCAGCAAGGACGCGAUUGUGAGUCUGUGGAGAGCGUAUGGGAGACGGAGUACAACGAUGAUAAGAAACCCAAUCAUGAAGGAUGCAUGACCACUAAGUGCAUGGUCACAGUCGCUUCUUUUUAGUCAGUCAAGUGCGAUAGCAGUUGCAUUCAGCGCCAAUCCAAGACGAUGGUACGCUUUCAGAACCGGCUAGUGCUAUAUAAUCUUGCUUUUCUCGCUGACAACAUCGAAGAUGCAUUUUGCGGUGUCCGGGUAUAAGGGAAUCUCCUUAAGAGAACGACCGAAGCAGCCUCUUUGUCUGCGAGGACUACUUGCUAGUACAAUGGAACAAACCUUAUUGCGUAUUCGUAUGGCAUCAACAAUGACAUUUUCAACUACGAAGGAACGUCCACCUGGAACUGGCUAGGUCAGAGUAGGCAGUAGCAUCACCUACUGCAUGAAGUAGAUUGCAUGUGGCUCUUCAGCAGCCGCAUGUGCUUAUCUAAGCUUUAGAUGGACCCCGAGCUAACCUAGCCUAACUAAUCACACCAUAAGAGCCUUUCACGUGCAUACUACAAGAACCUUUCACGUGCAUACUACAAGAACCUUCCACUUGCAUACUACAAGAACCGGCCAUGUACAUACCACAAGAACCUUUCACAUACGAGAUGAGACUCGUGCAUUGUUUUCUAGGGUAAAGAUCUACCUGCUCUAAAUAUUCCCUCAUUUGGUUUUCCCUGGUUUGGAGCAUCUGCGCUGCUGGCGAUAAACCUCGCGUUAUUCGUUAAGGAGUACAGUAAUUGAAUAUUCCUUUUCCUGCAGUAGAAAACGUAGAUGUACUAGGUAGGCACUCCACCGCCUUGUGUCUUGAUGUGUCGACGUCACAUAGAGACGUCGCAUAGAUUCAUCCCUGCUUUUCUACCUGAGGUAAAGACCACCCUUUGUAAGUUGGAAAUUUCCCCUCACUAGUAGAAGAAGUGGCAUAAUUGCUCUGCUACAUUGUUAGUACCCUCGCCUUUGAGUCUUGUACCUCUACUUCUACAAGGGUGAUGGGGAGAAAAAAGACGAAGGCUCUCCCGAAGUCCGAUUUUGUUUCACUUGGGGCAAGCUACGGUAUCCAUUGCGUAAGCGUCUCACCUAUGCGGACUCACUAGGGACUCACUUUCAGAAGUAGAAGUACUCUAAAACUGAGCUGCGAUAGUCGACUCGGGUGCUUUCGAAGACGAGCGUGCAGAUUUUGCCACAAGUCUACGCUUUCCACUUUUAUGGCUCUUCUUGUUGGAUGAAUUUACAACUUGGUUUAGAACCAACAGUAUACUCCUGCUGGUUUUUCUCGGCUCGCUCCUCACGCUGACAGCCAUAUAGUACUCCCGUGUUGGUCCAGUGGAACUUACUUGAUUUUUUACAACUAGUUAGAAGUAGAGACGUCCUCCAGCAGUUAUCAACGCUGACCAGUUAUUCUAUCUAAAGGCAAGAUGAAGAGGAGAUGAGAUUUUAUCUUUUUUGUGUCUCUGAAACAGUCAACUUGUCCAUUCACUUCAAGCACAGGGUUAGUAACGCUUCACUUUGUAUUUUUAUGUACCCCCUCCUCCUUUGCAACAUGUAUGUUGAACUUAUCCCUAGAAUGGGUAAACUACUUCUACUACUUUCUGUAGGAUUUAUGUAGUAGGGGAUUUAUGUUUAUCACGACCCUCUUCUAAUGUUCUACCUGGACGAUGUUGGGGAAGAUGUGCGUCCGCUCUCCAACAUUGCGAGAAGAACAGAGCAAGAAGAUGUGGCUGAAAGAACAGAAAAGGCUUCUAGAAGAACAGAAGAGGCUUCUAGAAGAACAGAAGAGGCUCCUAUAAAGAGCCUCGAAGACACAAAAGAAAGGUUGGACGCAAGGAAAACGGGAGAGUCUUCUACAUCCUCACAGACAGAACAGGGAGCAGUUCAUUUCCAUGGUGGAUCAUCACAGAAAGGGCAGGAAGCUGAUGCUCGCGAGGCUGAUGUCGCUCAAGAGGCUUCGUCAACUUAUGGAUUUUUUUUUUUGGAUAGGUUUUCCAUUUCCUACCCUUCUUUUCUUCUCAAGGAUACUUAUUUCCUUUUACCUUUCUUACUCAGGCUCUUCCGUGUACUAUUAGUUUGCGUAGUUUGCUUCCAACAUUUGAACAGUAGACACUACUCUAAAGUUUGCUCCCGAGCAGCAGUCCAAGUUUGCUCCCGAGCAGUAGUCCAGAGUUGUUUUGCACCAACGUGAUGGAGCUUUCAGUGAAAGAUGUCAUUGCCGCACAAAGGGAAGCUCCGAAAGAGUGGCCACGAUCCGUUGUACUCCCCUUGCUGCUUGGCACGCAACCAGGCAGUGGAACACAACCAGGCAGUAGAAGACACGAUGACGACGAAGAUAUGGUCAUUAAGGGCUGUGCAAUUAUACUGAGAGUAAUAUAUUACUGGCCAGUGCUAGCGUCAGGAAGCUAAAGUUCAAUUCUGUUAGGGCUUAUACUGGCCGCCAGUUAUAUGCUGGAGUGGCAAGAAAAACUGUGCGAAAACUUUACUUAGAUGCUAAUCAUGUCAAGAUUGAUGAGUAGUCAGAUGUUGAUGUCAACAGGAAGGAUGACAUAUGGAAUCAGAGAAGUAAUGCUUAUGUACUUAGUUGCAUUACCUAGAAUCAGAAGGUUUACUAGUUAAAACCGCUUCUAUGCCAUAUGGCCCGUACUUGAGCAAUCAACUACGAUGAGAAACCAGCUACACACAUGGCAUCUAUCGGGUUAUCAAUUCGCUGAAACAAGUAAGUAUCAUGUACUACGAUGUUAAUGAUGAAGAUGAUCAAACUUCAAAGACUAUUUUAUCAACUGCAAGAAUGAGGAAAUUUUUUCUUUUUGUGUGAUGAUCUCUCGGCUGUCUAUGUGGUAAAGAUGUUCCCUCUACUUCGUUCUAAGAAGAGAAGCCGGAGAACUGCGGACGCAGAUGACGCCCGUCGGCUUUUUCGACGUGAUGGUCAAAAAUUAGAGGAUUUAGGCAUGCCAGUUUCCUUGCUGGCUCAGGGCAACGCCCUGUGCGAGGAACUAACAGCCAGAGCGGAAGCAGAAAACCCCUUGGGCAUGCGGCACAAAACAACUUCUGCGUCGAUGAAGACGAAAGACGCACUUAACUACGUAAAGCCGCAGAAAGAGAAUAGCAAUUCUGGUUAAGGCACUCGAUAAUCCAUCCUCAAAUACGCGCGUUGAUUGCUAUUUUUUUGUUUCCUCACGUCCAGUCUGCUCUACGGCUGUUGUCUUUCAGUAGUCUCGUAGAUGUUGUCCAUCUUUGUGAUCUUCAAAUGAUGUUGGCCUUGUUUCAAAAGCGCGAACUCUAAUCUAUCACGUCUGACGAGCCUCAGAACCGUGGACCGCAUGGGCUGCUGCCACAUUCGCCGCUUGCCGUCUCACACCAAUGCGCGCGAUUGAGUUCGGUAGUCGCAGCAUUUGGAACAAAUAAGGAUGAUCGAAAGAUGAACGAUCCAGUCUAUUUCGAGAUGCUUCCAAGACCAUCGUUCACUUUUGGCAGCAAUCCCGCUCCCGCCAUCGUCUGUGGUGCUCGAAAGGGCGGGUUUUCGCAGAGGUCUUCUUAGGGACUUAUUAUACCGAGUUGCAUCCCGCACCCACAGUGCGAUCCUUGGGCCUUUUCCUACUAAAGAAAAGGCCACGGAUCUGCUGAGAAAUGUAUGUCCGCUAAUCUUGUUCUGUCUUGCUCGGAUUUAUCCAGUAUUAUUUUCUUCCAGAGAUUUCGUUUGACACAGAGAUUUCCAAGCUGCCGGUCCGCACAUUUUUGCAUCCUGGUUGGAGUCGGAUAUUAUCCGUAGAAUGCCGUUUUUGUCUGCCAAAUCAGGACUAUCGUUUGAGUGUACGAGAUCUGGACCUUCGUCGCUGUCUCUACAACAAUCCGCAAUUGCCAGCUCUAGACGAUGCGUUAGAGGCAGUAAAAGAUCAUCAUAGAAGUGAGAAGAAGCACGAAGCGAGGAGGAGGAAGAUGACACGGGAUCAUGACGAUGCUCUUCGAGGAACAAUUAGUGCUCGUGAAGAACAAGACAAAGAUAGACUUACACCUCCAAACAUGGGUGAUGUUCCACAAGACCACGAUGAUGCUGAUGAAGAAGGUAGACUGAAUUCCAAAACAACGGGACUCCUUUCAUCAACACUGUUAGCAGGAAUAGAAUCGGCGGCUUCGUUUCUUCAAGGGAGAAGAGAUUUAGCGGAAGACUACCUAAAGCUGAGGAAGACACUGACACUAGAGGAAGGUGAAACAACAGCCAUCGUCCAUCCAGAAUACGACUUAGGACAUGACUGGAUAGCGCACUGUCAUUUGCCGAAUCCAUGUAGUGAAGGCACGCACGUGGGAUACUUAGAGUUAAGGGCUUCCACGUGAUGUACAACCGGUUACUGUAGUUUUUCCCUCAGCACAUUCUAAAAGGACAACUAGGACAACUUAAACCUCACACAUAUCCCUCCAAUCCCAUUACAUCCUCCAUUCGCAUCCUUGGCCGUGUCCUCUCAAGUUGUAGAGAACAUGUCACAAGGACGUAAUGCGGCAGCCUUUAAUAGAGGAGCCGGAGGCAGAAACUGCUGGUAGCAGUACUGUGGCCGCUGGGGCAGAGGCUGGCAAGCAUGGAGACGGUGGCGCCUUUAGAUGGGUAUCAAAUCCAAGUAUGGAACUGGUACUGGAGGCAGAGGUUUCUCAACACAAAGCAAGCGGAACUAGUGCUGCGUCUGAGUCGAAGCAACAUGCCGGAUCUUCUGUUCCUUAUGCUGACAGUGCUGCAAUGUGAGACUUAGACCUUCUAAGGUUUUUGCGUCUGUAUUUGCUUCCUUUCCCACCACAGCACUGUACUGCAUAUAUCGGCUCUCAGGAAGUACGUCACAGCCUCAGCGUCAAAGAAAUUCGUAGAACUCCGAGGAGACUCAGGGAAGUCGUAAGUCCAAUCCGAACCGACCAACGUCAUCACGCAGGAAGUACUUCAUUAAAACAGCCACUAACUGUCUUUUUCCUAUGCCAGAGACAGUAUUGAUUGCAACAGAUGACAGCAGCACUCAGCUUCUAACUUCCCUACUUAGACGUGACAGGAUUGAUCGCGACACCACCAAGGGUAGGAACUCGGUAUCCUACGUGGACCACGUACCAUAACCCGUUCUUCGUGCCGGUAACGACUUCUGCACCUUCAGAAGUCCAACAUUUUUUUCAUUAUGGUGUUCAGUUGCCAAUUCCAUGUACGUAGGUAGCCUCCUUCGUUUAAGGAAGCUUCAACUUUCUUAACUACUUGCUGCGGUUUUGCUCCUGCCAGAAUUGUACUAUCCAAAAUAAAGCAAGCGCGAUUCAUGGAGGAAACAAAAAUUAUGACUAAAAGGCUUACUAGAAAAUGUUAUUGCUUAUAAGAAGCUUGCUCUAAGACCUCAGCCAAAACGGUACUCGCAGUCCAACAAGUCGUGGUAGCAGUGGUCGUGGCGUGCAGUCCCUGCAACGUCGCAGCCGACUUUUGUUCCCGUUAUAUUCGAAUCAUAGGAUGGCUUCACAAGUUAAGGGUACCGGGAACCCAUUUUUUGCAUCAUCUUUUUGCAACCAUCUUUCUUCUCGGAUUUUUAGAGUGAACGAUAAGUACUCUAAGAGUAUCAAAGAUGAAUGGCGAUUGUUGACACCUCUAAACAAAAGCGUUCGAUUUGGAUGCAUCAUAAACUGGUUCUCUGUCUACAUCCAGAGCCAACAGCUUAUCCAAAUAGUGGACUUUUAGUCGGAUACGCGAACUUCCAAUCUGCAGGUCCGGACACAGCGGCGUUUGUGUUUAAGGAAGAUCUUCACACUAACUAAUGAAAGCAUCUUAUCAAAAGAAAAAAACUGCUUAUACUUAUAAAUUUUUUGAUUUAUAAGUAUAAGUAGUUUUUUUCUUUUGAUACAUCUACAAUCGAAACAAUUCAUCACCCUUCUUCUUAUAGGAUAUCCUUUUCACUACUACCAGCUAAGGAACUGAGACUGACAUGACAGCACGUAGUACACGACGUUCAUCUACUUGGUGAGAUUAUUAUUGUAGGCUCCUCGGAUUCUAUUUCGACCAAUCUUUCCAAUUCGGCAGCCGACAACAUGUGCACGUGUGACAAACAAGAAAGUAAGUAUCAGCUUCACAUGAUCAGCACUGCUACUUCGCUUCAUCAUCUUCUAAGCCUCUCGCAAUUCUGUUCCCGAUUCUGUGUUUGCCAUUGUGCUGUUUAGCGGGUAUCAUUCUGCACAGACAGUUAAGGAUUGAAGCGUUUCAUUUCUGCCCCAGCCUUCUUCUCUUGAGAUCGGUAUUGAAGAAUGAAUUGCUUCAACCUCUAAGACAGAAGUGCAUCAACCUAGCGAAACGCCACAAAGCUGUUAGAUUUUGGGUAGAGAGGCAGCGACUACAGGAGGAGCUCUUAGCUGUACGGGAGCUAGGAUUACGUAUGCAUGGUGGCGCCGAGUAGGAGGAGCAGAAUAUGACGUUGGAGUAGGUUUGGUGGGAACAGCGGCGUAGAUCACAUCACUUGAUAGUAGCAUAGAGGUAGAAGAUUCUUGUUUGUCGGCUUGACACUUAUCUUAUCGUAUCUUUGUAGGAGAAUAGUAGCAACUUCAGGAUGCCAAUGUCCUUGCAGCAUUUUUGAAGGAACCACUGUGGUCUGAUGGAACAUUGAUUCUGACUUUCAUGGUGGGAGUGUGUCAAUGCAGCACGAGCUCCUCCUUCAUUCUACCUGGAGCCGAGAUUGAUGUAGAUCAGUCUCCCAGAGCAUCUGUUCUUCUUGGGCUGAGGCUGUUUCACAACG